CGAGCGGAGCGGCGCGGGCGGGACGGCGGCGGGGGCUGCCCGGAGCCGGCGGAGGCGCGGCCGCCCCGGAGGGCUGUGCGCCGUUGGGCCGCAGGGUUGGAUGUUUAUAUGGAUCAGUAGUACUUGCUCAAGAGUGACAGUGGAGAUCAACACUAAGUCUGUUCCUCUGAAUUAAAUUACAGACUUGAGGCUCUGGACCAGCUCACAGCAUCGACGUUUUACUGCUCCUUAUGGUGUAGCUGGUGAUUGUUCCUGAGAAGAGAGAAGAUGAUGAGUGAUGCAAGUGACAUGCUCGCUGCAGCCCUGGAGCAGAUGGAUGGCAUUAUAGCAGGUUCCAAGGCUCUGGAAUACUCCAAUGGCAUCUUUGACUGCCAGUCCCCCACCUCCCCAUUCAUGGGGGGCCUACGGGCGCUGCACCUCGUGGAGGACUUACGGGGCUUGCUGGAGAUGAUGGAGGCGGACGAGAGGGAGGGGCUGCGCUGCCAGGUCCCGGACUCCACGGCAGAGGCUCUCAUCGAAUGGCUCCAAAGUCAAAUGACUAAUGGACACAUAUCUGGGAAUGGAGAUGUUUAUCAAGAAAGGCUGGCUCGUCUGGAAAAUGAUAAGGAAUCUCUUGUUCUGCAAGUAAGUGUGCUUACAGAUCAGGUGGAGGCCCAAGGAGAGAAGAUCCGGGAUCUGGAGUUCUGCCUGGAGGAGCACAGGGAGAAGCUGAAUGCCACAGAGGAGAUGCUGCAGCAGGAGCUUUUAAGCAGAACAACCCUUGAAACUCAGAAGCUGGAUCUUAUGGCAGAGAUUUCCACUCUGAAAUUAAAACUUACAUCUGUAGAGAAGGAUAGAUUGGACUAUGAGGACAGAUUCAGAGACACAGAGGAUUUGAUCCAGGAAAUAAACGAAUUGCGGUUGAGGGUGGGAGAAAUGGACAAUGAAAGACUCCAGUAUGAGAAAAAACUGAAAACAACCAAAUCUUUAAUGGCCAAACUUUCUAGCAUGAAAAUCAAAGUGGGUCAGAUGCAGUAUGAAAAGCAGCGGAUGGAGCAAAAAAGCCAGAUGCUAAAGGAUGAGCUGUCAGCUCUGAAAGACAAACUGGAGCAGAAGGAAGCUGAGGUGAAAAGGUUGCACGAAAAAUUGGUUUCCAAGCUGAAAGGAGAAGGGAUUGAAAUACUGGACAGAGAUGAAAAUUGUAAAAAGAAGCUCAAAGAUAAAAAUAUAGAGGUACAGAAAAUGAAGAAGGCGGUAGAAUCUCUAAUGGCAGCAAAUGAAGAGAAGGAUCGGAAGAUAGAAGAGCUUCGGCAAUCUCUGAAUAGGUACAAGAAAGUCCAAGACAUGGUGAUACUGGCUCAAGGUAAAAAAGGCAAGGAAACUGAAAGUGAAGACUUGAAUUCAGGGUCUGUAUCCGUGGGUUUAUUGGACACACCAAGUCUGACUGACCCAGAGAAAAGCCCAUCCCCAACCCCAGUAACAGCAUCUCCAAUCCAUGAUGAGUUCAGUGUGAACAUUCAUGAAGAGAAUUCCUUACAGAUCCACACCAGCAUUUUACAGAUUUCAAUCCCUUCCUUUUCAUCAGCAUCCAAGAGCUCAGAAACUGUUGCAGAGAGACUGAAAAUACACCCUAGACCAGAUCCUGCAAGUGAAAUGAGUGAAGGAAGAUCAACAGGUUCCUCCCCUGAAACUCAUCUGUGUGAUAGUCCAGUAAUUUCCACACUGCAGAAGUCCAGCAGUCUGAGCAGUUUGAGGAAAGAGGCAUCUGAUGUGGACAGAGACUGUGCACAGAAGCCAGCAGAGCAGGUUAAACCUCCUGUGGAAGGCAGUAAUUUUGCAACCCUCCCUCCCAAGUCUCCUCCUCAUGGUGGCACAGGUGACGAGGACAGUUUUGGCACUCGCAAAGCCAGAUCUUCCUUUGGCCGGGGCUUCUUCAAGAUAAAAAAUAACAAGAGGACUGCAAGUGCUCCCAAUCUGGCUGAAACAGAGAAGGGAUCUGCAGACCACUUGGAUCUGGCUGGCUUGCCCCCUCGCCCAAAAGAAGCAGAUAGUUUGCAGAUGACACCACCUUCUCCAGAUUCCAGGAAAAAGGCCAGGGGAAUCAAGAAGUUAUUUGGAAGGCUUAAAAGGAGUCAGUCCACCACCUUCAACCCAGAUGACAUGUCCGAGACAGAGUUCAAGAGAGGAGGGACGAGAGCAACCGCGGGGCCCCGGCUGGGCUGGUCUCGGGACCUGGGCCAGUCCCACAGUGAGCUGGACAUGCCGUUCGCGAAGUGGACCAAGGAGCAGGUUUGCAACUGGCUCCAAGACCAAGGGCUUGGCUCCUACAUCAGUAAUGGCAGGCACUGGAUAUUGUCUGGGCAAACACUUCUGCAGGCUUCUCAGCAGGAUCUGGAAAAGGAGCUUGGGAUAAAGCACCCUUUGCAUCGUAAGAAGCUCCAGCUUGCUCUGCAGGCACUGGGGUCUGAAGAGGAGAACAACCAUGGAAAACUGGAUUACCACUGGGUUACCAGGUGGCUGGAUGACAUUGGCCUGCCCCAGUAUAAGACCCAGUUUGAUGAGGGGAAGGUGGAUGGCCGCAUGCUCCAUUACAUGACUGUGGAUGAUCUGCUCUCCUUGAAGGUCAUCAGUGUCCUUCACCACCUCAGCAUCAAAAGAGCCAUUCAAGUUUUGAGAAUAAACAACUUUGAGCCCAACUGCCUGCGCAGGAGGCCAUCUGAUGAGAAUAAUGUGACACCUUCUGAGGUCACCCAGUGGACCAACCACCGCGUGAUGGAGUGGCUGCGCUCCGUGGAUCUGGCAGAGUACGCGCCCAACCUGCGGGGCAGCGGAGUGCACGGGGGGCUGAUGGUUUUGGAGCCCCGUUUCAAUGUAGAAACCAUGGCCCAGCUGCUGAACAUCCCCCCCAACAAGACGCUGCUGAGGCGCCACUUGGCCACUCAUUUCAACCUCCUGGUGGGGCAGGAGGCCCAGCAGCAGAAGCGUGAGGCCAUGGAGUCCCCAGACUACGUCCUCCUGACAGCAACUGCCAAAGUCAAGCCAAAGAAACAUACCUUCAGCAAUUUUGGGAACCUGAGGAAGAAGAAACAGGAUGAUGUGGAGGAGUAUGUGUGUCCUAUGGAGCUGGGGCGGGCAUCUGGGAGCGCAUCGAAGAAGGGCUUUAAGCCUGGCCUGGAUAUGCGAGUGUAUGAUGAUGAUGAUUUGGACAGGCUGGAGCAGAUGGAAGAUUCAGAAGGGACGGUGAGGCAAAUAGGAGCAUUUUCUGAAGGCAUCAACAACCUGACACACAUGCUGAAGGAAGAUGAAAUGUUCAAAGACUUUGCCACUCGCUCUCCUAGCACCAGUAUAACAGAUGAGGACUCCAACGUGUGACAGUCCCCACCAGGCACUGACAAAGGCUCGUUCUCCUGCGUGCAAGGACAUCCCUGUUCCACGUGACAAAUCGUGUACUUUACAUUGCUCUUGCUUCUGUUUGUUAGAAGUAACACUGAGGGGUGGAGAAUUUUAAAGAGAAAAGGAGAAAAAACAAGAUGCCUACUUAAGUUGCCAUAAAAACCACCCAGACACUGGUGAAUGGUAAUGGUUUUAACUCUAUUUAAUGUACAAACUGGUGAUAUGUUUCAGAGUGUUGCGUUGAAAUUGACGUGGUAUGCUAGUGCUCCUUUUGCUUAUUCCUGGCCUCAGAGAAUCCUCUCUACUGUUUGAAAAGAACAGAAGGUGUUAGGUGAAAGUGUUGUGUCUGUAGGUAGCAUGCAUCAGCUCACUCUGAGCUCCCAGCUGAAAAAUAGAAGUUACUGCUCUUCUCUAAGUGCUUUUCUUUGGCACAAACACCAGUUCAGCCCUACCCAAUCUAGGAUUUUAGUCAUCCGUGCCCUGUGUAAGCUCCCCAGUAGCUCUUGACUGUUGCUCCUAUUUUUAUACUGUUUUAUAAAAAAAAAAGAAAAGAAAAGAAAAAUAAGUAUAUGAAGUACAUAUAAAAGCAAAAAUUUAAAUUUUGUGAGAUAGAGUGAUGGAAAGUUGAAGGUGUGUGAGGGAAGGGGAGAAGGUUGUAAAAAAUUAUACCAGUUUGCAGACCAGCUGGUUACUGGGAAAGGCAGGCUGACCUUUGGAACUGUUUGCUUUUGUGGCUUUUUACUGAGUGCACAGUUUAAUGAUCUUCCAUUUGAGAUGAAACUAUUCUAAAGCAUGUUUCUUCUAGCAGUGACUCAUCCAGAAACGGCACAUUUUAAAAUGUCUUCUUUAUUGUCCCCAGCAGCAGUAGUUAGUGCAUUCAGCAAGGUUAUUAACACUUCCAUGACUGAAAAAAUUCCUUUAAAGUUGAGAGUACUCCCUGCAUAUGGAAGGGAUAUUUCUGUGCUGUGACUAACGUGAAGAUGGUGUAGUUGCAAAAAAAUAAAGUUAUAUAGAGAAAUAUAUAGGAAAUCUAUUAUUUCAUAUUAUUAAGCCUAAGGUGGGACUUUUCCUCUAAAAUUCAGAUAUCAAAUGUAUUGCUCAACAUUUUACCUUCUUAAAGCACAGCUCCUCUGCUCUUGAGGAUCAUCAGGUUUUAAAAUUCCUAACUAGCCAGUGGGAAUCUUGUGUCAGACUUCCAGUGUUGCGAGGUGUCCUAGCCAAAAGCAAGCAAACAAACAAAGUAACUUUUUAUUCCAGUGGUCAUUUGUAUGGUGUUGAACGUUGCAUGUAUUUUAGCACAAUGGCAUGAAGCUGCUUUGCUCUGUAAAAGGCAAACAAAAGUCCAGCUGGAAUUGUUCCUUGUGGUGGUGUUGCUUUGCCAAGCGUUUGUCACUCAUUUUGUCACUCUCCUUGCUGGAAGUGAGAUCAUUCCUGGUGUUGUGCAGGGGAUUUGGGGUUUGUGCUGACUUUGGGGGUGCUUCUGUUAAAAAAGCUAGGAAAGGAAGAAGGCUUCUCCCUAGGAUUUUCAGGGAGCUCCCCUCAGAUCAGAGGCAUAUUCCAGCAUUAGAAUGAUGUGAGCUGAUAACCUGGACCUUUGAAGGAUGUGCAGUGUGGGUGAUUAUAGAUAUACCAAGAUGCAAAAUUUAACGUGGGCAGGUUUAGGGUGCAGAUGCUUGGGAUGUGGAUUCAGGCUUCCCUUUCUGUGAAUACUCUGCAAUAUUGUUGUUAUUUUCAUGGAAGUUGGACAUAAAACCCUGUGGAAGCAUUGGGAAAUGUGGUGCAGGCUUCCAAACAAAAGUGUUCCUCUGGAUGGCUCUCACUAGUCACUGGCUACUGGACAGGACUGGGUAUUCACAGGGGGGAAAGGGAGCUAGUAAUACAAUACUGUGUGCUGAAAUAGCCACAAACACUCUCCAGUGUCUCUGGAGUGUUAUCAGCGAGCAGCAUUCUGCUCCAGACAACCCUUUCCUGGCAGCCAGGCCAUCCCCUUGAGCUGCCAUCUGAGCCCUGCUUCUCUUACAGGGCGGUGACACGAGAGAGGCGAUGGAGUCAGGAGGUUCUAGCUGUGUGUGUGCGCACACUGUCCAUACUGUGGGGUGUUUAACUGGUGCCUCUUGGAGAGGGCAACGUAACUGCUGUGUAUUGCCAUGUGAAAUCCAAUAAAGUCUGUGGAAAAUGCCAA